CUCAUGCUGUUUUACAAAUGAAACAGUAAAGCAACAUGGUCUAUUGCGGUAAGCCCAGUAGAGCCUGCUCGGAGUGUCGAAUCAAGAGAAGAAAGACCAGCAUGCCGUCAAUGCCUCAGGGCCGGUUCCAGAUGUGAUGGAUAUCGAGAGGACAAGUCCGUUACCUUCCGAGAUCAAACUACUGAGACUUUAGACAAGAUGUCAUUCUUUUCCAAUUCACUUCCUGUCUCGCCCCAUGGCAACCAAGGGGUCUCUGUAAGGCCUGAAGUAUACCAACAGACUGAAGCCCACCAGUCUAAAGAUCGACCCAACCAUUAUCCUUGGUUUAGACUUGCAGUCACGCCGGAAGACCAAGCUUUACAUUUCUUCUUCCACCAUUAUGUUGUGCAAGAGUCUGGGCGGACCCCCACUCAUCCCGAUUGUCAUGGCAUAAUCUACAAACGAGCAACAGGACCCGGAUACUUGGCCAACCUGAUCAAUGCUGUAGGACUGAUCGGUCUAGCGUACAUGAGGAAUGCACCUCCGCUCAUCCAUGCAGCGAGUCAGCCAUUUUCUCGCGCGCUUCGCGGUAUAUGUGCAGCACUUGUGGACCCUAGUGAAGCAUCAUCCGACCAGAUGUUAGUCGCUGUAAUGCUUCUAGCGCUAUACGAAACCGUCACUUUUAAUUCUAAUGCGAACUUGAGUUCAUGGAGUAGACAUGUAGAUGGUGCCUUGGCAUUGAUACAGCUCCGGGGAGUAGGCCAGUUACGCAACAGGAUCGGCCGAAGCAUUUUUCUCCACUUACGCACUGAAAUCCUCAUCGACUGCCUUCAGCGUGAGCUGCGGGUACCAACUAUAUUGAUAAACUCCAUGGCCGAGGCUCGAAACAAUGAAACAGCACAAGAAGAGCCUGCUGCUCGGCUAGCAGACAUUAUUGUCAACUUCUGCGACGCUAUAGCAUUAGCCAAGGAAGACACCACGGACAAAAUGAAUUUGUCUUCCUUUGUUUCAACACUCUUGUCGAUUGAUACAGAUUUGAAGUGCUGGGCCCAAACCCUCCCAGCUGAAUAUGGGUACAAGACUCAAACCUGUUCAAGCGGUCUGAAAGAAGCAGGAGCGUUUAUGGGACAAUAUCUUAUAUAUUCCAGUGCGGAGAUCGCCAACAUAUGGAAUUUACAGCGCUGUGCGCGCAUUAUUCUCCGUCAGGCACUCGUCGAAGCGAUAUCGAAUUACUUCCCCAUUUCUUCUUCGCCGUCAAUUCCACCGUCCUUACCCAUAUCAUACAGAGACCUACUCCACACUUCGGACAUGGUCAUACAGGAGAACUCCAGCGAUAUAUGCUACAGCGUCUCAUAUAUCUUACAUAAUUUUGACGAGGCAGGCAAAUCGAGCGACUUGCGAGCCGCUCAUGUUGUGCAUCUAUUGUGGCCACUUUAUAUCGCAGGAGCAACACAUACUGCCAGCGAUGCUUUGCGGGAGUGGAUUAUAUCAACGAUGGAAGAUAUUAAGGAUGCUACUGGGAUUCAAAAGGCAAAGCGUAUAGCCUUGGCUCUGCAGCGGCGGUGAUCGGAGAAGGUAACAUCUACGCGCGCAGGUUGAGAUGCUAAGGAAACACGGCACACCAAACUGGAAUUUUUGUCUGAGUUCGAUUAUAGACUCGGUUUCGGCAAUGGUGGUUUGUUUACCAUGGGUCUUGGUAAAAUGAUGGUAAUUAGUAAUUCUUAUAUAAAUGAAAAAAGGAUAGGCCUAUAAAAGAUAGGUAAAGUACUUAUUCUACUUUAUAGUUAAGGU